CCAGUACACAGUCCCAACCAAGCAUAGAGAAACAAACAUGGCUGAUACAGAGGGAGCCGAGGAAAUUUAUCCAGGAAUUUUGCAAGAAAUUUUUACUUCCCCGUUGAAUUUGAGUCUGCUUGGCCUCUGUAUAUUUCUUUUGUACAAAAUCUUCCGCGGAGACAAACCUGCAGAUAUGGGCGAGGUCGAGGAACCUCUGCCUAAACUCAAGAAAAGGGAUUUCACGUUAACGGAGCUGCAACCGUACGAUGGGCUGCAAAAUCCAAGAAUUCUCAUGGCUGUCAAUUUUAAGGUGUUCGAUGUAACCAGAGGAAAGAAAUUCUACGGGCCAGAGGGUCCCUAUGGAGUUUUUGCUGGUAAAGAUGCCUCCAGGGGCCUGGCCACAUUUUGUCUGGAGAAGGAGGCCCUGAAAGACACCCACGACGACCUCUCGGACCUCAACGCCAUGCAGCAAGAGAGCCUCAACGAAUGGGAGACCCAGUUCACUCAAAAGUAUGACUACGUCGGCAAACUUCUGAAAGCUGGAGAAGAACCUACCGAGUACACAGAUGACGAGGAGGUCAAGGACAAAAAGAAGGACUAGAACUCAAGUACA